AUGGCGUCAUUCAGGGGCGGACAGAUCGAAGUAGACAGCGACGAUGACAGAGCUGGGGAAGCGGGGGAGGGGGAGGAAGAGGAGGAAGAGGAGGAAGAGGGGGAAGAGUCUCUCCUCGAGAUGAGGAAGCCUGAAGCCUGGAUGCUUGAGCAUGGACACUUCUCCGACGUGACCGUGACCUGUCAGAACCAGAGCUACCACCUGCACAAAUUCGUCUUGUGCAGAGAGAGUCUGCGGUUUCAAGAGAUGCUCAUGGAUCCUGCUUCAGAGAACGACAGAAUACAAGUCGAUUACGAUGAUGACGACUUCGAACUGUUUGUCCAUUUGCUCUACACUGGUGAGAACCUGUCGGGUGACUUUGACGCUGAUCUGGUAUUCAAAAAGAUGAAGAAGUUGGAAGUCAAUCCAACUAGGUCGUGGGACCAGCCGGCGCUCAAGUACUUCAAGACGAGGUCCAUCGCUCAGAUAGUCUCGAGCUUUGAGAACUACCUGGGGGACGACGACAUCGGUCUUCUCCCGGUAGAGGCGAUGAAUGAAGUGAUGCGGAUCUCUCACGGGAGAAAACCGAAACCUCCUCAAGACUUCUUGUUCUGCGCGAUCUCGAGCAGGAACAUAGUGUUGCAGGACCUGAAGCGAGAAGUCAACAGAGUGAACUUGCGGCAAGCGAUGUCUCUCUACCCUUCCAUCGGCUACGAUCAAGUUUGCGAUCUUCUCAUUCAGUGCGUCAAGCAUGGAGCGGACAAGGAGAUUGAGCGAUGUAUCCCAGUCUUGGCCUCCAACCUCCCUGAGGUAGACCGGGGGAAAGUCUUGAAGAUCUCAAAGCGCGCCAUGCUCGACACUUUGCGGCACGAGGCGAUCUCCGACAUGGAGCACGCGUAUGCCCUCGGCAAGGAAUUCCUGCUGACCUCGAGCCCCGAGAUCAAGCCCCUGAUCGACAAGAUGGACGGGCAAGGAAUAGUGUCUGGCGACAGGACCAAGAGGCCGCGCGCGGGGACAGAAGAAUGGUACCUCUUUGAGAUCUUGGAGGCGCUGCUCUCCCUCAGGAAGAAGAUCAAACUGCGCAAGAUGGAAGCGGCAAGAAAUCUCCCUUCCUUCAGGAUCCUUCUCGUAUGCGCGGAGACGUUCGAGGACUAUCGGGAGGACGUCGACAUCUUCCUGGCGCACCUUCGCAACCCUUCACUGGAGCAGCUGCUCACCUACCACAGCGUCCUCCUCUGGUCCAACGCCGACUUUCACGACCCCGAGGCUCUCGGCGACGUCCUGGCAGACGCUGUGGAGGGAGGAGUCGGCAUCGUCGUCGGUGCCUACGCACUCAACGAUGGGGAGGGGAGGAUGUGCGUGUCCGGGCGACUUUUGCAGUUCAUGCCAUGCCAUGCCGGGAGAGUGUCAGGUGGGCAAGAGCUGACGCUGCGCCGUUGUGAAGCUCAGCUCGCGCGGUUCCCCAAGUGCGGGGAGAUGCUGGAAGGCGUGAGAAGCUUCUCGGGGGGCGAGGAGAGCAUGCAUCAGUCCCUCGAGAAGAAGGUUGGCAUGGACUGCAGCGUCUUGGUGGCCGAGUGGAGCUCCGGAGCUCCUCUGGUGCUGGUGAGCCUGCCCGAGGGGAAGAGGAAGGGGAAGGUGGUGGUGUGGAACUGCCGGCCGGGCUCGUCGGACGCGAGCUUCUAUGGGUGGCGGGUGAAGACAGACGGAGCUCGGCUCAUGUUCAACAUGCUCAAGUUCGCUACGGCCACUCACACAGACUCGAAGUUUGUUGAAGCAGAUUAG